AUGUCAGACAUACACUCCACCUACCAAACACUAGACAACAAUAUCCAUGAGCCAGCAUCUACCCAAGAACCUGCUAAUUCUUUUCAGGACGAAGACGCCCUUAAUAGAUCUAUUUGCAAAUGCGAACAAUUCAAAACUCCCAAUAAAUUGCUCUUGGAAAAGCACAAAGGACCCUCAAUUAAUAGAUGCAUUUCAAAUUUUCUAGAACAGUUUUACAGGUUAUAUCAACCCACUAUAGAUUUUGAUAAACCAAAUAAUCAACAAGAUAAUUCAGGAGAAAGCACAAGCAGUGAUAAUUUUUUCUAUGUAGACCUCAGCCCUAUAGUUUCCUUUACUGAAGAAGAUUCUGCAAUUGGUGCCCCUACCUAUUCCAACAUAGGCAAUUAUACCAAAACAGAUCUCUCAGAUAUAUCUAAUUCACAACCCAGCAUGAAGAAUCUACACAGCACGUGUUUCCAGGACUCUCUUUAG